AUGGCGAAUCCGAAACUGCCGACGAUGAGGCGUAAGCUGAAGCGAGUUGCCUUGCUGUUGAUUCUCUUUAUUGCGGCCACGACUGUUCUGUUCCUCAGGCUUGACACCACUGCCGAUGAUGACGCGUCGGGACCCAACAACCCCCGCCACUCGCGAGCCGCCGCCGCGGACGACGCAGCACUGGCUUACAUCCCACGCACUGCUGUGGACAAGUGGAGCCGGCGGGAGUACCUUGUUGUGCUGGGCAUUCCCUCCCCGGACAACGAAGAGAGGCGAACACGACGCAACCUGCAGCGGACGACUUGCUGGCGGUUCCCCGGUGUGGCGACGAGAGCGAACGACUUCACCGGUGCGAUGCUCGUGCUGUAUGUUCUUGGGCGACACCCGUCGCACGGCUACAACUACUCUGCCGCGCUGCUGGAGGAGGCGGCGCAGUGGAACGAUGUGGUUGCGCUGCCAAUGAAAGAGGGCCGUGUGGCGACGAAGAAAAAGAUUUGUGGCGGUGGCUCCUGGGGCGAUGAGGCGGAGAUAGGUAUGACGCGCAAGACGUACAUGUGGUUUGACCUUGCGGUUCGCCUGUUCCCGACAGCGGGGUACAUCGCUAAGGGCGAUGACGACAUGUUUCUUCGUGUGCCGCUGUUUGUUGCUCACCUGCGCCUCCUGCCGCGCCGAGGGAUCUACAUGGGAAGCCACAUGGGUCUUUCGACUUUUGUGAAAAGGGGUUUACCAGGUAGCGCGUUUAUGGUUGGCUGGUGCUACACCUUGUCGAGGGAUGCGGCGGAGGCGUUGGUUUCGUACAAGCCGCUGCGGCGCCUGGCGUACCUACCGUACAGCAAGGAACGUGAGGAAGAGUUUGCACUGCUCCGGUUUCACCGCGAGGACAUGAUGGUUGGGUGGGUUCUUGAGAGGGUAAUAAAGUACCAGCCAAUGAUAUACGUCAAGGUGCUGCCGUGUCAUUUCCAUGACGCCCGUAGUGUCACGGGGCACUCACAGGUGUUGCCGACCUCGAUGUGUGUCCAUCACGUGCGGGAGGACGACUACGCUGCGCUGAUGGCGCGCUUUGGCAACGACACUUCGCCUGCCGCCCGUGUGUCACGGGUCUCAGAGGACGUAAUAUAUCCCGUGUGCGAUUGA